AUGCUUCAAUCCGUUUGUGUUCGCACCCUUGGAGUUCUCCCUGCACCCGAAGCUCAAGCUAAAGCUUGCAGUUCGUCAUUCGAAGCACACCUGUCUCCGCGCUCCCUCCCUCCCCUCCUCACUGUCCCUUCUCCUUCGCCUCAUCUUCUCUUCAUGUCUCCUGUCGCCCCCUCGCUUUUCCUCUUCCGUCUGCGUGUAUUCAACAAGUUCCCUUUCCCCAUCCCGUCCUCCCCCAUCCACCCGCCCCCACCCCCACCUUCCCGCAACCUCCGCCAGACCAUAUUCAACAAGUUUGUGGGCGGAUCGGCGCGCAGCGAUGGAGUUGUGGUGGACGAGGCGGAGCUGCAGCUACCUGCUUGUAUCCAAUCCCCCCCUCCCGGUUCCCCCCUGGCCUCCCUGCUUCCGCGCUCUCCCUCCACCCCUCUUUCCACCCCCUCUCCCCCCAUCCCUUCCCGUCUCCCACGCCAGACCAUAUUCAACAAGAUCGUGGGCGGCUCGGCGCGCAGCGAUGGCGUGGUGGUGGACGAGGCGGAGCUGCAGCGGCACCAACAGCUGGAGCGGCUCUACAACACGACUAAAUCGGCUAAGGUACGGAUGGGUGCAGAGGAGUGGGACGGUGUAGGCGAGUGGGAUAGAGCAGUUCAGAUGGACGAGGCGGAGCUGCGGCGGCAGCAGCAGCUGGAGCGGCUGUACAACACCACCAAGUCCGCCAAGCGGCAGCAGCAGCUGGAGCGGCUGUACAACACGACUAAAUCGGCUAAGGUACGGAUGGGUGCAGAGGAGUGGGACGGUGUAGGCGAGUGGGAUAGAGCAGUUCAGAUGGACGAGGCGGAGCUGCAGCGGCACCAGCUGCUGGAGCGGCUCUACAACACGACUAAAUCGGCUAAGGCGUCGAGGGCAUUUUCAGAGCUGGGUAACCUUUUUCCCUUCUGCAACCUCCCCCAUGGGUCCCCCCUGUUUCUUGCCUCCCCACGCUCUCUCCCUCUCCCUGACGCCUGUGUGCCCCCUCCCCUCCGCCUCCUCUCUGUCUCCCGCCCACCACAGCACUUUCAACGCGAGAUGGUGAAAGGGAUUGAGCACUUUCAACGCGAGAUGGUGAGGGCAUUGGAGGGCAUCACUAGCUUUUCCCCCUUCUGCCACCUCCCACGUGAUCACCCCCCUUGGUUCCCGUUUCUCCCCCUCCUCUUCGCCUCCCCUCGUAUUCCCGUUAACCCCCUCUCCGCCUCCCUUCCACCUCCCCUUUGUCUCAUCUUCGCCAAGCUGUCAGAAGAAUGCCGCAAGUACGGCGCACCGGAGAGCCCGGGCGGCAGCACAGUGCUGGGCCGGGCGGCGCUGCAUUUUGGGGCGGCACACUCGGCAAUCGAGAAAGAGAGAGACAAUAUGGACAGGACUCUUGGAACACAGGUGGGCGACCCCCUUAAAGCCAUGGUCACGGGCGCGCCUCUGGAGGAUGCUCGCAGCCUCACCCACCGAUACGACAAGCUGCGGCAGGAGGCCGAGGGGCUGGUGGUGGAAAUCCAGAAGCGCAACCAGAAGGCACGGGACGGCCUGAGCAACCCUGAGAACGCUGCCAAGCUGCAGCAAGCAGAGCAGAAGUUGGGGGAACUUGCAGCGACCAUGACGGUGCUGGGGAGGGAAGCCGCGACGGCAAUGAUGGCCGUGGAGGCACAGCAGCAGCGGCAGACGCUGCAGCGACUGAUUGGCAUGGUGGAGGCGGAGAGGGCAUUCCACCAACGAUCAGUGGAAAUAUUGAACCACCUGCACGCACAGAUGGUGGGGGAGAGGCAGAAGAACGACCACAGUGGGAACAGCAGCAGUGCUGGUGGUGGUGCUGGUGCCACCCCUGCUGGUGUGGGCAGCACUAACCCGUUUGCAGGCUCGGCCGAGCCUCCGCCGCCGAGCUACGAGGAGGUUCGGGGAGGCGGAGGGCCGGCAGGAGGCGGGUCGAACCGAGCGGGGUACUUUCUUGCUGAGGUGGUGCAUGCAUUCGAGGCGGAAGGUCCGGGGGAGAUGACUCUCCAUGUGGGCGACUAUGUGGUUGUCAGACAGGUGUCACCCAACGGUUGGUCGGAGGGCGAAGCGAAAGGAAAGGCUGGGUGGUUUCCUUCGGCCUUUGUGGAACGCAGGCAGAGAGCCCCAGCAAGCAAGAUCCUGGAAGCUUCUGGAGGCCUUUAG